AUGGAAGUUGAUCUCGUGAAUCCUGACUAUGAACUAUUGGAUCCUUGUCCUGAUAUUCAUGCUUUAUUCCUAGAAUACAAUCAAAAGUUCUUCCAAGGCAAACUAUUAUGUUGCGAAUUAAAAUGGAGUGCCAGAAUGACAACUUGUGCCGGAGUAUGCAGUUAUGAAGGUCGCAGUGGAUUUUGCUCCAUUAGGCUGAGUAAACCUUUAUUGACUCUUCGACCCAGGAAAGAUUUAGUAGAAACAUUAUUGCAUGAAAUGAUCCAUGCUUUUCUGUUCAUCACUGCCAACAACCGUGAUAGAGAUGGACAUGGUCCUGAGUUUCAGUUUCAUAUGCAUAGAAUUAACAAACUUGCGGGUACUAACAUAACUAUUUAUCAUACUUUCCAUGCUGAAGUGGCUGUGUAUAAAACUCAUUGGUGGAGAUGUAAUGGAUCUUGUCAACAUCAAAAACCUUUCUACGGUUUUGUUAAACGAGCUUCUAACAGAGCGCCUGGUCCAAACGACCGAUGGUGGCCUGCUCAUAAAGCAUCCUGCAAUGGAACUUUCAUUAAAAUCAAAGAGCCAGAUGAUUACGGGAAGAAAACUAAAAAAGAUGAAUCCAAGAGUAUUGGAUCACAAAAGCAAAGUAAUGAAAACAAAAAGAAAAGUGUCAACACAUUAGAUAACUGGAUUAAAGGAAAUGACAAAUCUUUUGAUCAAAAAAAUCAAGCCGCAACCGAUACUAAACUUGUCUCACCAGUUGCUACGAGCGAGUCGGACAACGAAAAUCCUUCAACGAGUACAGGUUUAGGAUUAGGCUCAACUGUUUUCUCGGGUACUGGGGCUAAGUUAGGUGGAUCUAAUUCUGUGUCAGCAUUACUCUCUCGAUGGGAUCAGAGUGAACGAACAAGUAAAUCGUCUAGUCAAAUUAGUAAGAAGGAAAUUGAAGUUAUUGAUCUCACACAAGGUACUCUUGAAACUCCCAACCAUUCCGCAUCAUCAUCAGCUUCAUCAGAAGAACAGACUGUUUUAUGCCCAGUAUGCUCAAAGCAAGUUUUAGUUCACAUAAUCAAUUCUCAUCUCGAUCGCUGUCUGCAAUAG